GGCAGUGAGGCACUGAAGAUGGCGUGCUGUGGGAGCUGUCUGUGCUGUCAGUGCUGCUGCAGGGAGGGGGAGACCAGGACACCCGAGGAAUUGGCAAUUCUAGGAGAAACCCAUGACGAGGAAGAUGAAAUUCUGCCAAGGAAAGAUUAUGAGAGCCUGGACUACGAUAGGUGCAUCAAUGAUCCAUAUGUUGAGGUUCUGGAGGGAAUGAAUAAUAAGAAAGCCAAAAAAUAUGAAGCUGUAAAGUGGAUGCUUGUUUUUGCCAUAGGAGUAACUAUUGGUUUGGUUGGUCUUUUCGUGGAUUUUUUCGUCCGACUCUUCACCCAACUGAAGUUUAAGGUGGUGGAAAAAUCUGUGACAGAGUGCACCGAGAAGGGUUGCCUCGCUCUGUCGCUGCUCGAGCUCCUCGCCUUCAACAUGACCUUCGUCUUCAUCGCCAGUGUUUUAGUUCUCAUCGAGGUAAGACGAGCGAAAUGUAAUACCAGCCAAACGGCAUGCAGCCUGCGGAGGCGCACACCGCCAGUGCCAGAAGGCUUACUGCAGGGGGUCCAGUACACAGGGGAUGGUAUCCCAGGUCUGUUCGUGGGGAAGGAGGGGCCUAUGAUCCAUAGCGGAGCCAUUGUGGGAGCCGGCCUCCCUCAGUUCCAGAGCAUUACCUUUAAGAGAAUCCGCUUCGACUUCCCCUAUUUCCGCAGUGACCGGGACAAAAGGGACUUUGUUUCAGCGGGAGCCGCAGCGGGUGUGGCUGCAGCUUUCGGGGCUCCCAUCGGGGGUACCCUCUUCAGCCUGGAGGAGGGCUCCUCUUUCUGGAACCAGGCGCUCACAUGGAAAGUGCUGUUCUGCUCCAUGUCAGCGACCUUCACCCUCAACUUCUUCCGCUCUGGGAUCAACUUCAACAAGUGGGGCUCCUUCCAGCUGCCUGGCUUGCUCAACUUUGGAGAGUUUAAGUGUCCAGACGGGGAUAAGAACUGCCACCUGUGGACUGCAGUGGACCUGGCCUUCUUUGUGAUGAUGGGCAUCGUGGGGGGGCUCCUGGGUGCUCUCUUCAACUGCAUCAACAGAAGGCUGUCCAAGUACCGCAUGAGGAACGUGCACCCCAAAGCCCGCUUUGUCAGGGUAUUGGAGAGCCUGCUGGUCUCCAUGGUGACCACGUUGGUGAUAUUCCUGGCCUCCAUGACGCUUGGAGAGUGCCGGGACCUGUUCACCCCCACCACCAACAACACCACCACACUGGUGUCGGUCUCUGAGGAUGUGAACUCCACCAUAAAGCACUUCUUCUGUCCCAAUAAGACCUACAACGACAUGGCAACUCUGUUCUUUAACCCCCAGGAAGUGGCCAUACACCAGCUGUUUCAUCAGGAUGGAACCUUCAGCCCGGUCACUCUCACCAUAUUCUUUGUGCUGUACUUCCUGCUGGCCUGCUGGACGUACGGCGUCUCGGUGCCCAGCGGCCUCUUCGUCCCCUGCCUGCUCUGUGGCGCCGCCUUCGGGCGCCUGGUGGCCAACGUCCUCAAAGUAAACAUUGGGAUUGACAUUUAUUCCGGGACCUUCGCUCUGAUUGGUGCAGCCGCCUUCCUCGGAGGCACCGUCCGCAUGACCAUCAGCCUAACUGUCAUUCUCAUCGAAUCGACCAAUGAGAUCACAUACGGGCUGCCCAUUAUGAUAACCCUCAUGGUGGCCAAGUGGACGGGCGAUUUCUUCAACAUGGGCAUCUACGACAUCCACAUCCUUCUGAAGGGUGUUCCGCUGCUGGAGUGGGAGACCGAGGUGGAGAUGGACAAACUGACGGCCAGCGAUAUCAUGGAGCCCAACCUGACGUACGUGUACCCCCACACUCGCAUACAGUCUCUGGUGAGCAUCCUGAGGACCACCGUGUACCACGCCUUCCCCGUGGUGACCGAGAACCGGGAGAACGAGAAGGAGUUCAUGAAGGGCAACAUCCUGGUCAGCAACAACAUCCGCUUCAAGAAGACCAACGUCCUGACGCGGGCAGGAGAGCAGCGUCGGCGCUGCCAGUCCAUGAAGUCGUACCCGUCCAGCGAGCUGCGCAACGUGUGCGACGAGCAGCAGGCCGUGGCCGCGCCCAGCGAGGAGCGCCAGGACAUCCUGCAGCAGAUGCUGGAGCGCAGGCAUGAGCCCUACCCGAACCUGUACCCGGACCAGUCCCCCAGUGAGGAGUGGACCAUGGAGGAGCGCUUCCGACCGCUCACCUUCCACGGCCUCAUCCUGCGCUCGCAGCUGGUCAACCUGCUCAUCCGCGGCGUGUGCUACGCGGAGAACCAGUCGAGUGCCACUCAGCCCCGGCUGUCCUACGCUGAGAUGACGGAGGACUAUCCCCGCUUCCCAGACAUCCAUGACCUGGACCUGGCCCUGCUCAAUCCACGCAUGAUCGUAGAUGUGACCCCAUACAUGAACCCGAGCCCCUACACGGUCUCUCCGAACACGCACGUGUCCCAGGUGUUCAACCUGUUCAGGACCAUGGGUUUACGGCACCUGCCUGUGGUCAACGCCGUGGGAGAGAUCGUGGGAAUAAUCACCAGACACAACCUGACCCACGAGUUCCUGCUGGCCAAACUCCGGCAGCACUACAUCACCAUAUGAGGACCGACCGAGCCCACCAGUCACCCGCCAGUCAGAAUCAGAAGCACUCCUCCGGCCCGGACCCAAACCAGCCGGCCCUGACCCAAACCAGCCGGCCCUGACCCAAACCAGCCGGCCCUGACCCAAACCGGCCGGCCCUGACCCAAACCAGCCGGCCCCGCCACGCUCUCCCGAACUCCAGCCAUUCCCGCCGUCCGCCACACCUCAAGUAACACACACUAAACACAGGGAGGAUCCAGGAGGUUCCAGAGAACGGGAACUCUCCGAGUGACCAGCUGUCUUUCAGUUUCCAUGAAAGGGAGAAAAGCUUUUCCUUUGACCCAAUCCCUCCAAGCACCACAGUGAAAGGAGGCAUUAAGUUCAGUAAUUCCAUGCUUUAUCAAAUAUGCUUUACAAACUAUACUGUAGCACUUUUAUUUUGAGAUUUUAAUAUGUUGGGGUUUUUUUAUUGGUGUAUAUUUAUGUGUAUAUUUAUCUUGCACUAAAACCAUUUUAAACCAGGACCUGUCCAGCCAAGGUUUGUGAAAUGUUUUGUUUCACUUUGUUGAAAGGUCAGAAGUGAUCGAAGAACCCACUGAAAUGUUUAUGAGUCAGUAAUGUGCCAUUGUAGGUAGAUGGAGAGUCAGGCAUUGCACUUGUCUGUUCAGUGCCUAUAUGUUAUUGGACAGACAUUUAGACCAGCUGCUGAUUGCUCUGUGCUGUGGGGAAAACCACUUAUAUGAAUUCCAUUUGUGGGCAGGGGCCAUUUUGAGUGUUUCUUUUGUACCGGUUUUAUUCCUUUUCAAAUUUUGUUACUGUGAUCAAAGAUCAAAAUAAGAAAAUCAAUUUAUUUAACAGUUUGCUUACCUUGUCAUAAACUGGAAGAUAUGUGUUCUCAGUGCUUCUAAACCUUUGUGGGAGCAAUGUGAAGUCAAUUGUAUUAUUUUCUUUAUUUCUUUUUGCACACUUAACAAAUGCAGAGGGCUGCUCGUCAUACGUAACUGACAUUGUAGUCACUGGAAGGACUUUGGCGAGUGGGGCCAGUUUUUGGGACCGUGUGUGUGUUUUGUAACCCGUGGCAUUGUGGAAGGACACGCGUAUCUCUUCCGCCGUUGGAAUCCCGUAAGGCCCUACUUGAGAUUGGUGGCAUCGCGCCCUUGUCAAAUAUGUGACCCCCAGGCACUUUGAGGCCGCGCCAGUUAGACGCAGUAGAGUUUGGAAAUGGGCAGCGCGCGCUAGGAAUUCUACUCGCUGCGAAGGAUCCAGACUGAGAAGCGUCUCCUUUCUAGAGGGACAGAUGAGGAUAGUGCUGUACCAAUCAGGUGACCAAUGGAAGGAUGCAGAAUAACUUGUUUAUUUAUAUUCUGAAGCAUUUACUUUUGCGGGCAUUGUGCUUACAGUAUGCGUAAUAUUUAAGGAAUAAGUUUUAUUGUGUACAUUUUUAAUAUGUUUUGCUAUGAAUUGAACUGGGGUGUUCUUUUAGUGUGUCAUCAGUAGUGUGAGAUACAGAUCAAAUCAAAGGUUACAUCAUGGAUAGCUAUUGCACAUUGCGAGCAGAGGCAGUUUAGACGUUACAAAUAUGUCUCAUCUCACGACCACAUUUAUCUGUUUAGUAUCUGUUAUUGUGAGGAAAGUUAAAAUGGCAGGUUCUGCAGUAUGUAGACUUACCUUAAAGCCUACGUGUUAUUUUCAGUAUUGGAGACCACAGGAAUGUUUUGCCCAAAGACGGUGUGACCUGCCUGUCAUUGUGGAGGCUGAGCUUUGGUGACCUCACAGAGAGAGAGGGAGGGAGAGAGAGAGAGAGUAAGAUGGGGACCAGGCUUGCAAUGCCUUAGAUUAGUUUCUCAGACAAAGCUGCUCCUUUGUUUGAGUGUAAAAAAGAAAAGGCGUUGUCUGUCUAAUUAAAUGAAUAAACUGUGAGGGGGUGAGCUGGAAGGCUGGUUUGGCCGUUUGUAAUUAGAUUUCUCUCGCGCCCAGCAGAGCGCCGGACGGGCAGGCGGCGCAGCGACAGGCCGCGUGGCGCGGCUGCGUGACGCGCCCCGACGUGGCUGACCGACACGGAAACGCUUGAGGCGUGCGGCACGUCCUCGUUUUCCGCUCGUGAAUAACCAUGGGGAGGCCGGCGCGCUCAGGCGGUAAUUAAGGGGGCCGCUUUUUCCCUCGGUGGAAAAAAAAGUUCAGGGCACGACGGUGCCUCCUGGCUUCUCUCUCUACCUCUCUCUCUCUCUCUCCCUGCACCUGGGAACACCUGUGACCCCGGACCCCCCCCCCCCUCCCGAAUCCCGCUGACAGACCGCGACAUCUAAUCUGCGCUUGUGAGCGCAUCGCUCUGAGUCACCUGUAGGGGGCUUUCAGCCCGUAGCAGCUAUCCCUGUUAGCACAGUGUGUUAUAGUCUUCACUCACUGAGCGCAGUGCAGCCGUCUCUGCCCCUUUAGCACAGUGUGUUAUAGUCUUCACUCACUGAGCGCAGUGCAGCCGUCUCUGCCCCUUUAGCACAGUGUGUUAUAGUCUUCACUCACUGAGCGCAGUUCAGCCGUCUCUGUCCCCUUUAGCACAGUGUGUUAUAGUCUUCACUGAGCUCAGUUCAGCCGUCUCUGUCCCUUUAGCACAGUGUGUUAUACUCUUCACUCACUGAGCGCAGUUCAGCCGUCUCUGUCCCCUUUAGCACAGUGUGUUAUAGUCUUCACUGAGCGCAGUGCAGCCGUCUCUGUCCCCUUUAGCACAGUGUGUUAUAGUCUUCACUGAGCUCAGUUCAGCCGUCUCUAUCCCCUUUAGCACAGUGUGUUAUAGUCUUCACUCACUGAGCGCAGUUCAGCCGUCUCUGUCCCCUUUAGCACAGUGUGUUAUAGUCUUCACUCACUGAGCGCAGUUCAGCCGUCUCUGUCCCCUUUAGCACAGUGUGUUAUAGUCUUCACUGAGCGCAGUUCAGCCGUCUCUAUCCCCUUCAGCACAGUGUGUUAUAGUCUUCACUCACUGAGCGCAGUGCAGCCGUCUCUGUCCCCUUUAGCACAGUGUGUUAUAGUCUUCACUGAGCGCAGUUCAGCCGUCUCUGUCCCCUUUAGCACAGUGUGUUAUAGUCUUCACUGAGCGCAGUUCAGCCGUCUCUAUCCCCUUCAGCACAGUGUGUUAUAGUCUUCACUGAGCGCAGUUCAGCCGUCUCUGUCCCUUUAGCACAGUGUGUUAUAGUCUUCACUGAGCGCAGUGCAGCCGUCUCUGUCCCCUUUAGCACAGUGUGUUAUAGUCUUCACUGAGCGCAGUGCAGCCGUCUCUGCCCCUUUAGCACAGUGUGUUAUAGUCUUCACUCACUGAGCGCAGUUCAGCCGUCUCUGUCCCCUUUAGCACAGUGUGUUAUAGUCUUCACUCACUGAGCGCAGUGCAGCCAUCUCUGUCCCCUUUAGCACAGUGUGUUAUAGUCUUCACUGAGCGCAGUGCAGCCGUCUCUGUCCCCUUUAGCACAGUGUGUUAUAGUCUUCACUGAGCGCAGUUCAGCCGUCUCUCUCCCCUUUAGCACAGUGUGUUAUAGUCUUCACUGAGCGCAGUUCAGCCGUCUCUGUCCCCUUUAGCACAGUGUGUUAUAGUCUUCACUGAGCGCAGUUCAGCCGUCUCUGUCCCCUUUAGCACAGUGUGUUAUAGUCUUCACUGAGCGCAGUUCAGCCGUCUCUGUCCUCUUUAGCACAGUGUGUUAUAGUCUUCACUGAGCGCAGUUCAGCCGUCUCUGUCCCCUUUAGCACAGUGUGUUAUAGUCUUCACUCACUGAGCGCAGUUCAGCCGUCUCUGUCCCCUUUAGCACAGUGUGUUAUAGUCUUCACUGAGCGCAGUUCAGCCGUCUCUAUCCGCUUUAGCACAGUGUGUUAUAGUCUUCACUGAGCUCGGUUCAGCCGUCUCUGCCCUCUUUAGCACAGUGUGUUAUAGUCUUCACUCACUGAGCGCAGUGCAGCCGUCUCUGUCCCCUUUAGCACAGUGUGUUAUAGUCUUCACUGAGCGCAGUUCAGCCGUCUCUGUCCCCUUUAGCACAGUGUGUUAUAGUCUUCACUCACUGAGCGCAGUGCAGCCGUCUCUGUCCCCUUUAGCACAGUGUGUUAUAGUCUUCACUCAGCGCAGUGCAGCCGUCUCUGCCCCCUUUAGCACAGUGUGUUAUAGUCUUCACUCACUGAGCGCAGUUCAGCCGUCUCUGUCCUCUUUAGCACAGUGUGUUAUAGUCUUCACUCACUGAGCGCAGUGCAGCCGUCUUUGUCCCCUUUAGCACAGUGUGUUAUAGUCUUCACUCACUGAGCGCAGUGCAGCCGUCUCUGUGCCCUUUAGCACAGUGUGUUAUAGUCUUCACUCACUGAGCGCAGUGCAGCCGUCUCUGUCCCCUUUAGCACAGUGUGUUAUAGUCUUCACUCACUGAGCUCAGUGCAGCCGUCUCUGUCCCCUUUAGCACAGUGUGUUAUAGUCUUCACUCAGCGCAGUGCAGCCGUCUCUGUGCCCUUUAGCACAGUGUGUUAUAGUCUUCACUUACUGAGCGCAGUUCAGCCAUCUCUGUCCCCUUUAGCACAGUGUGUUAUAGUCUUCACUCACUGAGCGCAGUGCAGCCGUCUCUGUCCCCUUCAGCACAGUGUGUUAUAGUCUUCACUCACUGAGCUCAGUUCAGCCGUUCCUCCAGAGGCCAUGGCCUCAUCAGGCCACAGCUGUUCCGUCCCUUCGGUCCAGUGCCCCAGACGGUCCCGUUUUUAAUCGCUGUAAAGUGUUUCGCUUCGGCGCGGAGCCAUAAAAUGUGCAGUAAAAUGCCGCGCCGGUUUUGCCACUCCCCCCCCCCCCCCCCGCACCUUGGCAACAAACGCACGCUGUUGACAUAAUUUUUUGGCUGCUAUUUUUGGUGGCGAUCCUCGUGCACCUGUUGUUUUCUCGAACCUGGGACUUUCUAAUCAUUAAUGUAGUGUUGCCUGAUACACUCCUAGAUAUUAAAUACACCUGUGAAAGAAAAGAAAAAAAAACACAAUUAUGAAGUUGAAAUAUGUGUUUGAAUUCUUGUUUUCCUCAUAUAUACUUAUAUAGCGAGUUUUAAUAGAAGUUUGGGAGAGGGGGUGACUUGGACAACAUGGGGGUCUUUAGAACAAUGUGUGAAGUGUCACUGAAGUUGAGCAAAUGACAUGGAAAAAUGAAUUCUGGCCAACUUUAUAUGAAGUACACUGGCACUCGCUCACUGGCAAUGGAUUCUACAAUGUGACAGGGUCAUGUUUUCGAGUCCUUGCUUAUGUGAGUAUGAAAUGCUGGCAGCAUCUAAGACAUCAGUGACAAAUCUGCCCUUUUUCUGAAUGUGGGUUUGGUCUCUUCACCGAAAGGUUGAAAAUCACUACCUACGAAUCUUUUAUAUUUUAACGGUAUUCCUAAAUAUUUUGUUGAACUACAGAGGGAGGUGGAAUAUUUGUGCAUUUCGGUGUGCUUGUAAUUAAAGGCGUCUCUUAGCUUUGACUUCUACCAUGUCAGUCAACCAAAUUCCCAAUUUAAAGUUUUUUUAUUUGUUUUUUUAUUUGUUCAUAAUACAGCCCAUUAUUGGAUGAACAGUGCAUUAUCACUGAACUGGAUAUUGUAAUAACUUAAGGUCACUUGUAUGAAGUCUGUAUUUCCCUUUGCAGAUACGCUGAGCUUGAAAAGGACCACAGUCCUGUACUAACAGAUGGAACAGGUUUUAUCACUUUUGAAACUGCAUUGAAAUAAAGCCAUACAUUCCUUAA